GUUAAACCAUAGAUUGAUAUUUUUACGUCAUGAACCACACUCCGGCUCAGUUUUCUAAUCCUAAUCCUAACCCCAAUUUGUUCCACUCUCGGCCGCACAAUGCACAUCCCGAAAUCACCGCUCCUCCUCCUCCUGACCUUUCGACCGCAAUCUCAUCCCUAAGUAGCCUCAUUCGUGACUCUGCCCGGAUCCUUGACUCACUUUCCGCACUCCUUCCUCUCCGCAGCCAAGGUGAUUCUGAUGGCCUUGUUUCCUGUCCUGUGAACCCCCAUCACCGUUUGCAUCCUCACUCCCUUUUCUCCCACUCCCUCCGCUGCCCCCGGCCUCUCCACCACCUCAUCCCACCGCUCCAUUACCCCAAAACCCUCGAAUCCACCGACCAAUCCCAAUCUGGUGAGAGUUUUACUCAAUCUGGUGAUCUGUGCUUGUCCUUGGAGCAUUACUAUGCGGAAUUCGGGUGCAAUUUGUUCUACCGUGAUUGCCCUGGUGUUGUUAACUCUUCUGCGCUGGAUGGUUUCGAUAAAACAUUCACACUUCCAUCAGUUUUGUCAGCCGAGUGUGCGAAUUUUUCCGGUAAAGAAGUUGGGGAGAUGAUGGAUUGUGACAAGGUAUGUAGUAAAUUUCUGCCGUCAGAGUCUUGGGCUGUUAAGAAUGAAGUUCUAAGGUGGAAUGAGUAUCCUCCUAUGUACUCAAGCUGUGUGCUACGUGCCGUUUUGGGGUUAGGUGUGCUUAGAGAGUGUGAUUUGGCGAUAUGGGUUAUAGCAAAUUCACCCAAGUACGGGAUUGUGAUUGAUGUGCCCAUGGGGGAUCAUAUAGUUUUGCUCAUUACCCUGUGCUUGAGGGCAAUUGUAAGGGAAGCUUUAGGUAAGGUAAAUGAUAGAGAUUCAGAGAGUGGGUAUUAUGAGUGUCCUGCUUUGGUUGAGGCAUUAGUGUGGUUGGCAUCUCAGCUUUCCAAACUCUAUGGUGAAUUGAAUGGAAAAUUAUUCGCCAUAAACACUCUUAAGCAUUGCGUACUAGAUGCUGCCUUGGGCUCAUUUGUUUUCCCUUUAAAGCAAAAGGAGACAGAGUUUCAUGGUUUAGAAGAGGGUUCAUUGAAUUUGGAUGCUGAGGGCAGUUGUGUUAAGGAUGAAGAUGUUACUAAACCACUAAGCACUGAGAUGAAGGGAAUCGUUAUCAGUAAGGUGGUAUUUGUGUCCCAGGUUGCAGCAGCCAUUGCAGCGUUGCAUGAACGGUUCUUGCUUGAAGAAAAAAUUAAGGGAGAACGAGUUUCACAAACCCUCACUAGACAUCAACGAGUACUUGAGCAUGAUUAUGUCUCCCGACGAGCUGAUGAGGAGCGGAAAAACCGAAGUCAGUAUAGACCUAUUAUCGACCAUGAUGGGCUGCCUCGGCAAAAAUCAAGUAACCAGGAAACUAACAAGACCAAGACAAAAGAAGAGUUAUUAGCAGAAGAAAGGGACUACAAACGACGAAGGAUGUCAUAUCGUGGCAAAAAGGUGAAGCGUACAACUUUGCAGGUUACCAGGGAUAUUAUAGAGGAAUACAUGGAGGAAAUCAAGCAAGCUGGAGGGAUUGGAUGCUUCGAACGAGCAAUUGAAGGGCAAGGGAGCAUUCCAUUCAAACUACCUACUGCUACUGACUUCACCACCGAUGAUGAUAAUCGAACAAAAAGAAAUAGUGAGUCAGAGGGAGGUAGCCCAAGUCGUUCUAGGAAACAAUCACAUUCACGUUAUACUAUAGAUUCCACAACUUCCAGACAUGCUUCUGCCAAAGGUCAAGGGAAACCAAGUCAUAGUCUUCACCGCGAAUAUCUAGAAGAUUCUAGAAGUCUCAGUAACAGUCGUGAUACCGAAAAUUAUUACAGAAGCCCAGAAAGGUCUCGAAGUCGUGGAUGGUCACAUGGGAAGAGUGAACAAGAUCAUCGACAGCGGACCAAUACCAAGCAUCAUGAAAGAAAUUGGUCAUCCAAGUAUCAUGAUAGUAGAUCCAAGUAUGUUGAUAACAGAUCAUCUUCUCUGUCCAACUCACACCAGAAGUCAAAACUUGAAAGAUAUGAGAAAACAUAUGAGAGUCAUAGUUCAAACUCUCUGGAAAGAGAUACUUUUGACGAUAGAUACGAUCCCUUGGAAUCUCAUGACAGAUAUGAAGAGGAUCAAUCUUCUAGCAAAAAGUAUGAUAGAGAAGGCAGAUAUUCUGUAAAUGAGCAAACUACGGAGUACAAUUAGGAAUCAGAGUGCAAUCUGGGUACGAAGUCAUCAGGUUUCAGCAUAUUAACUUCAUCUGUAUCCUCCUUUGUAUCCUUGACUGUUUUUUCUGUCAGCUGCUAAUCAUUUAAAUUUAAAUUCAUUGAUCUUAGUUUCUUAUUACUUGUUCUGAAUAGGCAAUAAUAAAAUUUACUAGUUCUGGCAUGAUAGUUUCCAUGAAUAUCAUAGGUUUCUUAACCCUUUUAAUUUACUGAAGUCUUCUUAUUUGUAUCUACAUCAUCUUUUACCUUCUAGAGAUGGAAAACCCAAAUCAGAUCUAGCUAUUUUAGCACUGAUGUGAUUUAGAAUCAUGAUAGUAAAAUGAUACUAUGGGGAUGGGCUAGCUGUCUCUGUCUAGCAGAAUGUUCUCCAACAUGGAAGGAGUAUGAUAUCUGCUUCAACGGAUUGUAGCAUAGCCCCCAAACACCCCCAUUAUGUUAGCUAACUUCGCUCACACCUUUGGUGCAAGCAAAGGACAUUCAUGAUUCCAGCAACUAGUUAUUGCCAUAUUCGGAGCAAGUCGAGAGCGACAUCUUUUUACUCUGUUUGUUUAGGUAAAUAGACUAAUAUACAGACACUUGUUCUUCUCUUUGCAAUCAAAGAUUAUUGUGAAAUAAUAUAAAUCCUUACCAAAGGCUAGCAAGAUCUCUGCAAAUAAGGGUAGGUAGGUUUGUGGUUGGAUGCCGAGCAGGCAUCAUUAUUUUUCUCCAUCGAGGAAGCUGUGAUUUUGCCCUCUUAAUCAUAGAUGAAAUUUGCUUGCUUUUCUCAUAGCAUAUCUGUUUUGGUUGAAGUUACUGAAACCUUUUCCUGUUGCAUGUAGCUACAAGAACACAGCUUCUGCUAGAUUGGUAAAAAAGGUAAUAUGAGGGGCAAUCUCAUGCUCAAAGCUUCUCAGCCUGCAUGAAGUUCAAGAUGAGGAAGCUGGUUGUAGCAGACUACUGGUCUUUCAGCUAUUGUUGCAAGUACUCUGCUCAAAGAAUGCAGUUUAGUGCUGAUAACAAGUCUUUAUACUAGUCUGAACAUAGCGCCUGGCUUCUUCCCCCACUGAAAUAUGCAAAUGGAAGAAAUUGUAUUUCAAGCAUUCUUACUUUUUGUAUGGAUGUUUUUUUUUUACAUGAUGGCAGAUUCAGAGUUCAGUUUCUUGUACUUCCAUAUACGCAUUUUAGGUUUUAGGUUGUAUGAGCUUUCUUAUUCCAUUUCUUUUGUUCUCGAUGGACAAAGGCUCUAAACCCUCUAGAGCAAACUCGAAGGCAAUGCUAGAGGAGGGAGGUAAGGAGG